AGGGAGGCCGGGCGCCGCAGUGCCGCCGAGUUGUCAUGGCAUCCUACUACGAGAUCCUAGACGUGCCGCGAAGUGCGUCCCCUGACGACAUCAAGAAGGCGUACCGGCGGAAGGCCCUACAAUGGCACCCAGACAAGAACCCGGAUAAUAAAGAGUUCGCUGAGAGGAAGUUUAAGGAGGUGGCGGAGGCAUAUGAAGUGCUGUCGGACACGCACAAGCGGGAACUCUAUGACCGCUACGGCCGAGAAGGGCUGAUGGGGCCAGGAGCUGGUCCAUCUCGGCCGGAAACGGGGAGCAGUGGACCUGGCUUCACCUUCCGCAGCCCUGAGGAGGUCUUCCGGGAGUUCUUUGGGAGCGGAGACCCUUUUUCGUUCUUUGAUGACCUGGGCCCCUUCUCGGGCUCCCGACACACCGGCCCCUUGUUUACCUUCACCUCAUUUCCUGGGCACUCAGAUUUGUCCUCCUCGUCUUUCUCCUUCAGUCCCGGUGCUGGUGCCUUCCGCUCUGUCUCCACAUCCACCACCUUUGUCCAAGGACGGCGCAUCACCACUCGCAGGAUCAUGGAGAACGGGCAGGAGCGCGUGGAAGUGGAGGAAGAUGGGCAGCUAAAAUCCAUCACAGUCAAUGGUGUCCCAGACGACCUGGCACUGGGCUUGGAGCUGAGCCGUCGCGAGCAGCAACCGUCGGUCCCUGUCACGUCUGGGGGCCUGCAGGUCCCUCAGACGCCCUUCUCACGCCCCACUGAAAGUGACUUCUUUGAGGAGGAUGAGGACCUGCAGCUCGCCAUGGCCUACAGCCUGUCCGAGAUGGAGGCAGCUGAGAAGAAGCCAGCAGAUGUGUUCUGAGCUGGAUGUCCGGGACCCACACUCGCUGCAGUUUCAUCGGGACAGCGCCCACCCCCGUGCGCUGGGAGGGGAUCCCCAUUCCUCUCCCUCGGAGUUAGAGCCUGGCCUGGGUGGUGGGUGGGUCGGGUGGAAGGCGUGCAGCAGUAGUCUUAGCCGUAAACUUCCCUGGGUGUUUGGUGCUGUUUCUUGGGAACUGCAAGUCCCUGAAUGCUACCGACCCUGCCUUACUUCUGAUAGACCAUGCUGGGGGAAUGCGGAGGCCCCCUGGUGGCACAGUGGUGAAAGCUCUGGGCUGCUAACCGAAAGGUCAGCAGUUCGGACCCUCCAGCCGCUCUGCAGGAUAAAGAUGCAACCGACUGCUUCCGCAAAGAUGGGCAAACGUGGAGACCCCAUAGGGCCGUUCUACUCGGCCCUAGAGGGUCGCUGUGACAGUCGAGGUCCGAUACCGCAGGUGGGCGGGGCGUGUUGCCGAGCUGUGCGUCCUGGGAUAUGUAGUCUGAGCGCCGGCCCGUCAUUGGCUGAGAAUGAGAAGGGGCUGUCUUGUCCUAGGACUGAUCAAGCGUGUGGAUGAAGGGGUAAUGGAUUGGCGAAUCUCGGUUUCCGCGACAUCUCUGGCUAGUCCUGAGCUAGAGUGACACGUCAGAACCCGGGGCGGGGGGCCUGGCCGAGCUGCACAGGGAGGCCUUCUCGAGGAGGGGUCUGUAGGCAGGCAUGGGGUUGGUGGUGGGAGCUCCCGGCAUAUGGCUGCAUGUCUGGCUUUCCCUGGCAUCUGACCCCAAUGUCCAUUCUUUCCGUCACCGCCGGGGGCCAGGGAGGGGCGCCGUGGAGCCUGUGGGCACGCUCAGAGACCUAUGGAAGCCCGGGCUGAGCGCAGACCGAGGGAGGACGCAGUAUAAAUGCAAUAAAGCUAAGUUCUGAGAGCA